GAGUGCAGUGGCACGAUCUUGGCUCACUGUGACUUCUGCGUCCCACGUUCAAGAGAUUCUCCUGCCUCAGCCUCCCAAGUAGCUGGGAUUACAGGCAUACGCCAUCACAUCCGGCUAAUUUUGUAUUUUUAGUAGAGAUGGGGUUUCUCCAUGUUGGUCAGUCUGGUCUCGAUCUCGAACUCCCAACCUCAGGUGAUCCGCCCGCCUUGGUCUCUCAAACUGCUGGGAUCAUAGGCGUGAGCCACCGCACCCAACCAAUAUACGAUCUUUUAUGUCUGGCUCGUUUCACUCAGCAUCAGGUUGUAGCAUGUAUGGGUAGCUCAUUCUUUUUUAUUACCAAAUAGAAUUCCAGUAUAUGGAUGUGCCACUUUUUAAAAUCACUCACCAGCGGAUGGGCUGCCACUGUUGGCAAUCGUAUCCAACACUGCUGUAAACAUUUAGGAUCGAGUCUUUAUGUGGACCUUUAAAUGGACCUGUGUUUCCAUUUCUCUUAAGUAAAUACCUACAGUGGAAUUAUUGGAUCGCGUGGCGAAUUUAUGUUUAACUUUUUAAGCAACUGCCACCUGCUUUCCAAAGCGGUGGCACCACCUCCCAUUAUUCUCAUCAGCAAUGAACGAGGCCCCUGUUUCUCCAGAUCCCCGCCAACCCUUGGCAUUGUCUGACUUUUUGUUUGUGGCCAUUCUAGUGGAUGUGAAAUGAUAUCUCAUUGUGCGCCGUCAUUGAAUGAACUAACAGGUCACCUGUGAAGCUGCACAGCGCUUGGGUUUGAACCCUGGUGGCAAUGUUUCACAAGCUUCAUCACAGAGAGAGUCACUUCCCCACUGCAAGGGACAAGGAUUUUAUGACCUAGAAGCAAAAUAUCUGCUAUGGAUUAUGUGCCCAUGAAAAUGCAGCUGCUGUCAUCAUUGCUGCCACCACCACUAUUAUUAUUUUAUUAUUUUUAUUGUCACCCUAGAGAUAAUCCUGCACCAGUGACAGGGAAAAUAGCAGCUGACAUCCGCUGUGCACUCACUACCACAUGCCAGCCUUCCUUCAAAGCACUCGAUGUGUAUUAGUAAUCUUUUAAUCUACCUACAUAUUGUUUUAAUCUUCAUGCGUGAAUGCAUUGGCCUGUGAGAUAGGCACUAUGACAGUCUGUUCUGUAGGGGGAAAAGCAGAGACACAGAGAAUGUAAGUCAUUUCUCCCAAAUGACAAAGUCGGGAAGGAACAGAUCUCAUGGAGCCCAGCUCUGUCACUGCAUCACACUUCCUGCCCUUACAAGGCAAACUGGACAAGUGCCAUUUUAGAGAAGCAGACAAAAUUCAAGUGGAGGAGAGGGGAGGGGAGCAAGACGUCGGCUGGGGCCUGUUUAGAGCAUCCCAGGCUGAGGCUGCGGGAGGAGGGAGGUACGCAGUUGUGGAAUGUGUUGCUUUUUUUGCAUACCGACCAGCCCUGGCUGCGGAGCUCAAGGCAUCUUUGUGCCACUGUUCAACAGUGAGUGACGUCAUGAGCACGGCCAGGUCUUUAUCACUUCUGCUGGAUAAAUAGCCAACCGCACUGGGUCUGGAGAGACAGGAAGGUGCUGUGCGGCAGAUACCUGGGGCCUCAAAGAAGCAGUGGCCACCAGCAUGGGUGCAGGCCCUGACGGGUCCUACUUCCCUGGCAAUCACUGGCUCGCCUUCUCUGUGUACCUCCUCACCUUCCUGGUGGGGCUCCCCCUCAACCUGCUGUCCCUGGUGGUCUUCAUGGGCAAGCUGCGGCGCCGCCCGGUGGCCGUGGACGUGCUCCUGCUCAACCUGACAGCCUCGGACCUGCUCCUGCUGCUGUUCCUGCCCUUCCGCAUGGUGGAGGCGGCCAGUGGCAUGCACUGGCCCCUGCCCCUCAUCCUCUGCCCGCUCUCUGGAUUCAUCUUCUUCACCACCAUCUAUCUCACAGCGCUCUUCCUGGCAGCCGUGAGCAUUGAGCGCUUCCUGAGCGUGGCCUACCCGCUGUGGUACAAGACCCGGCCGAGGCUGGGACAGGCGGGUGUGGUGAGUGUGGCCUGCUGGCUGCUGGCCUCUGCUCACUGCAGCGUGGUCUAUGUCAUGGAAUUCUCGGGGGACACCUCUCACACCAGGGGAACCAAUGGGACCUGUUACCUGGAGUUCCGAAAAGACCAGCUGGCCAUCCUGCUGCCCGUGCGGUUGGAGAUGGCCGUGGUCCUCUUCAUGGUCCCCCUGCUCAUCACCAGCUACUGCUACAGCCGCCUGGUGUGGAUCCUCGGCAGGAGGGGCAGCCACAGGCGGCAGAGGAGGGUGGCAGGGCUGGUGUCGGCCACGCUGCUCAACUUCCUCGUCUGCUUUGGGCCCUACAACAUGUCCCAUGUCGUGGGCUUUGUCCAGGAUCAAAGCCCAACGUGGAGGAUCUACGUGAUGCUUCUCAGCACCCUGAACUCCUGUAUCGACCCCUUUGUCUACUACUUCUCCUCCUCCGCGUUCCAAGCCGACUUUCAUGAGCUGCUGAGGAGGCUGCGUGGGCUCUGUGGUCCAUGGUGGCAGGAGGGCAGCGUGGAGCUGAAGGAGCAGAAGGGAGGAAAGGAGCAGGGAGAGGAUCGUCUAGCUGAAAUAAAGAGCAGUGAACACUCACAAGGCUCUGGAACUGGUGGCCAGGUGGCCUGUGCUGAAAGCUAGGUCCUCUGGGGCAGGAGGGUGUAGCUGGCGAGGCAUCUUCAGAGUAUUUCCAUGCCAGGCGGGACUUGGAGUUGCGAACUGGGAAUCAAUGGGGCUUGGGGGUAGAGCAGGCACCCAGCCUUCCUAAGGGUGUGCACCCUAAAGCUGAGUUCUUGCUCUCACCUCCAUCCCCAUCCACCCACACUCUAUGGAUUGGGCUCUGGGAAGGGGUCAGGGUGAGCAGCUACUCUGGAGAACAUUGAGUCGCCUCAUAGCAGCAGGUGACUCCUGUGCUUUUCUGCUGGUGGCACAGGAGCUAAGAGCAGUGCCCGGGGUCUGAGGGGGCUGCCCAGUAAGUGGCAGGGGUGGGAGAGGGGAGAAACCCAUCCUCAGGGCUGCUCCCAGCUGGUGAGUCAGGAGCAUGGGAGACAGGGCUCCAAGGAUGAGGCUGCAUGCUGCUCCCACAGCGCCUUUUCCAGAAAAGGCCAUUCCCAUUGCUCAAUACAUUUGGGUCAGAGAACAACGACAAAUUUGGAUCAUGAACAAUGACAGAAGAAAAAUUACCCAAAUAAAUGAGGAAGCAAGC